CUGGGCGCCCCACCUGCCUCGUCUCCGCGGCUGUCUUUGCCCGGACACCCUUGCACCCGGCGGCGCGGUGUUUGUUGCCCGAAAGGACGUGGGGACCCGGGUGCUGCCCCGCCGCCGCCGAGGGCGCGGAAAGAAGACGCCCCGACUUUGGGGGCCUCCGCCCGGGCUUCCUCAGCGGCCAGCCGGGCAGUGGGGGGCGGGGGUACCCCGUAGAGCAGCGGCACGAUGGGCGCCAACGAGGACCAGGAGAUGGAACUAGAAGCCUUGCGUUCUAUUUAUGAAGGAGAUGAAAGUUUCCGGGAAUUAAGUCCAGUAUCCUUUCAAUAUAGGAUAGGUGAAAAUGGAGACCCCAAAGCUUUCUUGAUUGAGAUCUCCUGGACAGAGACUUACCCCCAGACGCCGCCCAUCAUUUCCAUGAAUGCGUUUUUCAACAACACCAUAUCACCUGCCGUGAAACAGAGCAUAUUGGCCAGGUUACAGGAAGCUGUGGACGUGAACCUGGGCACAGCCAUGACCUACACGCUCUUUGAGUUUGCGAAGGACAACAAGGACCAGUUCAUGGAGAACCAUCACCCAGUGCACGCCACGACAUCCAUAAACAAUAUCAUCACGGUUGAAACUCCGAAUUCAGUCUUGCCUAGUAAGAAGAAAGAAAAAAAAGAGCAACUUUCCAAAGCCCAGAAACGCAAGCUGGCAGACAAAACAGACCACAAAGGAGAACUUCCCCGAGGCUGGAACUGGGUGGAUGUGGUGAAGCAUGUGAGUCCAACUCACUUACCCUCCACUUCUACCUGCUGACUGAGGUUUAUUAAUGAUAGAAAAAUCUGUUCAAGUAAGGUUUAACUGUGAGAAAGUACGGCUCUUGGGCCAGAGCGAUAUCACAGCAGGAAGGGCAUUUGCCUUGCAUGCAUCUGACCCAGCAACUCAUAGGUCUUCCUGAGUGUAGAGGCAGGAGUAAAUCUUGAUCAUCCCUGGUCAUAGCCCCAAAAUCAAACACGCUAAAGUUUAACAAAUUCAAGGCCAGAAUGAUAGUACAGUGGGGAAGGCGUAUUUGCCUUGCACACUGCUGACCCAGUUUAAUCUUCAACAUUCUAUAUGGUCCCCUGAGCCUGCCAGGAAUAAUUUCUGAGUACAGAGCCAGGAGUGAUCCCUCUGAGCGCCACUGGGUGGGUGUGGCCACAAAACCAAAAGUAAUAAAAAUAAUAAAUUUGAAAAAA